AUGGAGGCCAGAGCUGAAGUUCUCUCCUGUUCCAUCUGUCUGGAUCUACUGAAGGAUCCAGUCACUCUCAACUGUGGACACAGCUUCUGUCAGGUCUGUGUUGAAGGUUACUGGGACUCAGAAGGUGAGAGGAACAUCUACCAGUGUCCUCAGUGCAGACGGACCUUCACCUCGAGGCCUCUCCUGCAGAAGAACGUCAUGUUAGCAGAGUUAGUGGAGGAGCUGAAGAAGACACGACUCCAAACUGCUGACCUCUGCUAUGCUGGACCUGAAGAUGUGGCCUGUGACUCCUGCACCUCUUACUGUGAGCAACACCUCCAGCCUCAUCUAGAAGCCUUCAGGAGACACAAGCUGGUCCACCCGUCCAAGCAGCUCCAGGAGAUCCUCUGCCCUCAACACGAUGAGGAGAAGAAGAUGUUCUGUCGUACUGAUCAGCAGGUCAUCUGUCACCUCUGUGCUGUGGACCAACACAAAGACCACCACAUUGUCUCGGCCGCAGCAGAGAGAAGAGAGCGAGAGAAAGAGGUGGAUCAGAGUCGAGGAAGGAUCCAGCAGAGGAUCCAGGAGAGACAGGAAGAGCUGAAGCUGCUUCAUAAGGAGCAGAAGACCAUCAGAGACUCUGCAGAUAAAGCAGUGAAGGACAGUCAGGAGACCCUCCAGAAGAUGAUCCAGAACCUCCAGAAAAAAAUGUCUGAUGUGGAGCAGCAGAUCAGAUCCCGGCAGGAGACUGAAGCCACUCGAGUACAAGGACUUCAGGAGCAGCUGGAGCAGGAGAUCGCUGAGCUGAAGAAGAAAGAUGCUGAGCUGCAGCAGCUGUCACUCACCGACAGUCACUUGGUCUUUCUCCAGAACUGGUCCUCACUCUCAGAGGUCAGUAAAGACACGCUCUCCUCCAGGACCCACGUCCGUCCUCACUGCUGCUUUGAGGAAGUGGCAGCAGCCGUGUCAGCCAGCAUAGACCUACUCCAGGACCUUCUGAGAGACACCUGCACCAACAUCUCACUCAUGCUCGGAGCAGAGCCCAAGACCAGAGCUGAGUUCCUCAGGUUCUCACGGGACAUCACUCUGGAUCCAAACACUGCUCACUCACGGUUGUUGUUGUCUGAAGGAAACAGGAAAGUGACUUUCAUGUGCAAAGAUGAGUCUCCUCAUCAUCAUCCAGACAGAUUCACUUGUUAUCGUCAGGUCCUGAGUAAAGCGCCUCUGACUGGACGUUGUUACUGGGAGGUGGAGAGGAGAGGAGGAGCUGCAGUAGCAGUCUCAUACAAGAGCAUCAGCAGAUCAGGAGGAGAAAGUUUAUAUGGAUGUAAUGACAAAUCUUGGUCUUUAUGGUAUGACGACUCUGGUUGUUCGUUCACACACAACAACAUCACAACUCAAGUCUCCACAGCUCCACCCUCCAGAGUGGGAGUGUACCUGGAUCACUCUGCAGGUCUUCUGUCCUUCUACAGCGUCUCUGAAACCAUGACCCUCCUCCACAGAGUCCAGACCACCUUCACUCAGCCUCUACAUGCUGGGGUCUGGAUCUGGUCCUCCUCAUGUGAGAUCCUGAACCAGUCAGUCGUCAGAGAAAUGGAGGCCAGAGUUGAUCUAAAGAGAGACUCCUUCUCCGGUUCCAUAUGUCUGGAUCUACUGAAGGAUCCAGUCACUCUCAACUGUGGACACAGCUUCUGUCAGGUCUGUGUUGAAGGUUACUGGGACUCAGAAGAUGAGAGGAACAUCUGCCAGUGUCCUCAGUGCAGACGGACCUUCACCUCGAGGCCUCUCCUGCAGAAGAACGUCAUGUUAGCAGAGUUAGUGGAGGAGCUGAAGAAGACUGGACUCCAAGCUGCUGACCUCUGCUAUGCUGGACCUGAAGAUGUGGCCUGUGACUCCUGCACUGGGAGGAAGCUGAAAGCCCUCAAGUCCUGUCUGGUGUGUCUGACCUCUUACUGUGAGCAACACCUCCAGCCUCAUCGAGAAGCUCCGGCCUUCAGGAGACACAAGCUGGUCCAGCCGUCCAAGCAGCUCCAGGAGAUCCUCUGCCCUCAACACGAUGAGGAGAAGAAGAUGUUCUGUCGUACUGAUCAGCAAGUCAUCUGUCACCUCUGUGCUGUGGACCAACACAAAGACCACCACAUUGUCUCGGCCGCAGCAGAGAGAAGAGAGAGAGAGAAAGAGGUGGAUCAGAGUCGAGGAAGGAUCCAGCAGAGGAUCCAGGAGAGACAGGAAGAGCUGAAGCUGCUUCAGCAGGAGCAGAAGACCAUCAGAGACUCUGCUGAUAAAGCAGUGAAGGACAGUCAGGAGACCCUCCAGCAGCUGAUCCAGAACCUCCAGAGAAGAAUGUCUGAUGUGGAGCAGCAGAUCAGAUCCCGGCAGGAGACUGAAGCCGCUGGAGUCCGAGGACUUCAGGAGCAGCUGGAGCAGGAGAUCGUGCAGCUGAAGAAGAAAGAUGCUGAGCUGCAGCAGCUGUCACUCACCGACAGUCACUUGGUCUUUCUCCAGAACUGGUCCUCACUCUCAGAGGUCAGUGAAGACACGCUCUCCUCCAGGACCCACGUCCGUCCUCACUGCUGCUUUGAGGAAGUGGCAGCAGCCGUGUCAGCCAGCAGAGAGCGACUCCAGGACCUUCUGAGAGACACCUGGACCAACAUCUCACUGAUGCUCGGAGCAGAGCCCAAGACCAGAGCUGAGUUCCUCAGGUUCUCACGGGACAUCACUCUGGAUCCAAACACUGCUCACUCAUGGUUGUUGUUGUCUGAAGGAAACAGGAAAGUGACUUUGACGGGAAUAAUUCCGUCUUUUCGUUUUCAUCCAGACAGUUUCAUUGAGUAUUUUCAGGUCUUGAGUAAAGAGCCUCUGACUGGACGUUGUUACUGGGAGGUGGAGAGGAGAGGAGGAGCAGCAGUAGCUGUCUCAUACAAGAACAUUAGCAGAUUAGGACAAGAAAGUGGAUUUGGAUAUAAUGACAAAUCUUGGUCUUUAUGGUGUCAGGACUCUGGUUGUUCAUUCACACACAACAGCAUCAAAACUCAAGUCUCCACAGCUCCACCCUCCAGAGUGGGAGUGUACCUGGAUCACUCUGCAGGUCUUCUGUCCUUCUACCGCGUCUCUGAAACCAUGACCCUCCUCCACAGAGUCCACACCACCUUCACUCAGCCUCUACAUGCUGCGGUCUGUGUCCGGUCCUCGUCCUCCUCAUGCGAGAUCCUGAAGCUGAACUAAACAACAGUGUGAGUUGUGUCUCACAAACUCUUCCUGCUGGUUGUUGACUUCUUUCCUCUCCAGCAGUGUGUUUCUGUCCUUCUGUGUGUCAUGAUUGUUGGGCUCUAAACACUUGUGUGUGUGUGUGUGUGUGUAAUAAUGAUCUUGCUUUAUUCAUACCAAUGUUCCCAAAGUGCUUUUACUGGCAAAACUGUUUGAACUUGGUUUGGAUUUCAGGUUUGUGUCUUGUGAGUUUCAGUCACUUACGUUGGAGCCACCUGAUUUUUGUGUAUCAACGUUGUGUGUUCCUGAGAAUGUUCUUGUCGUGGAGUUGUGUUGAUGUGAUGGGCUUGUUGAGUUGUCGUCCAUGUUGUGCUGUGUGUUUGGGUUUGGAUUCUGGACACAUGAUCAUGUGACUCCAAUCACUGAAAUAAAGCUGUGGGUGAACAGUGUUGCUGGAGUGUGUGUUUUUCUUGUGGUGACGGGGCGUGGAGUGGAAUGUUCAGGAGAAAACUCACCACCAGGGGUCGCCAGUGAAGCUGUGAGUCCCUCCCUGAGACACCACCUGGAGGUGAGCCUCUCAGUGGAGGUUCUGUGAGCUUCCAUGUGUUGAAACUGUGGACGCUCACAGCUGCAGCAGGGGAG